AGAAGAAGGCUUAUAAAAGGGACCUUGGCCUCCAUGCUUUUCAUUAACGACUAGCUUAUUCUUAAGCAACUUUUCAAAGCCAGCUACCUCCUUUUCAACAGGUGUGUAGAGGGGGCUUCAAAAAGCAGAUUACUGAUUAUCCACCUUUGCAUAUAUAAAAACAGCUAAGCAAACCAAAUUUCCCACAGAGAAAAACACAAGGGAAUGCCAGCCUCCAUGUCUGAUUCAGAGCUAAUCCUCUGUGUUCUUCCCUCAAUCUUAACUCUAUUCCUCUUCCUCAUUCUCAUCAGAAGAAAGAAGCAGCAACACCAAAUCAGAGGACUCAAUCUCCCACCAGGAAACAUGGGCUGGCCUUUUCUUGGAGAAACCAUAGGCUACUUGAAGCCUUACUGUGCAACCUCUACAGGAGAAUUCAUGGAGCAACAUAUUUCAAGGUAUGGGAAAAUUUACAAGUCCAGUUUGUUUGGGGAGCCAACUAUAGUUUCAGCUGAUGCAGGGCUCAAUAGAUUCAUACUACAAAAUGAAGGCAGAUUGUUUGAAUGUAGCUACCCAAGAAGCAUAGGAGGGAUUCUUGGAAAAUGGUCUAUGUUGGUUUUAGUGGGUGACAUGCAUAGAGAUAUGAGGACUAUAUCCCUCAAUUUCUUAAGCCACGCCAGACUCAGAACCCAUUUGCUGAGAGAAGUUGAGAAGCAUACUUUGCUUGUUUUGGGGAGCUGGAAAGAGAAUUCUGUGUUUUCAGCUCAGGAUGAAGCUAAGAAGUUCACUUUCAAUUUGAUGGCCAAACACAUCAUGAGCUUGGAUCCUGGAGAACCAGAGACAGAGCAGCUCAAGAAAUUGUAUGUUACUUUCAUGAAGGGUGUGGUUUCUGCUCCAUUAAAUUUACCAGGGACAGCUUACAGAAAAGCCUUACAGUCUCGAUCAACCAUUCUGAAGUUCAUUGAGCGCAAAAUGGAAGAGAGGGUGAAGGAGGGAAGUGAAAACAUAGGGGAAGAUGAUCUUCUUGGAUGGGUUUUGAAGAAUUCAAAUCUUUCAAAGGAGCAAAUUCUUGACUUGAUACUGAGCUUGCUCUUUGCUGGUCAUGAAACUUCAUCAGUCUCCAUAGCUUUAGCCAUCUACUUCUUGCCUGGCUGUCCUAAUGCAAUUGAGCAGUUAAGGGAAGAGCACAUUGAAAUUGUCAAAGCCAAGAAGAAAGCAGGAGAGACAGAGUUGAACUGGGAUGACUACAAAAAAAUGGAAUUCACUCAAUGUGUAAUAAGUGAGACACUUAGGCUCGGGAACGUGGUGAGGUUUUUACACAGAAAGGCACUGAAAGAUGUAAGGUACAAAGGUUAUGACAUUCCAUGUGGGUGGAAAGUGCUUCCGGUAAUUGCAGCCAUGCAUUUGGAUCCUUUGCUUUUUGACUACCCUCAACACUUCAAUCCAUGGAGAUGGCAGCAAAGCAACAGCACGCGAUCUUCUUCAUCAUCAACAUCUUACUCGAGCAUGACAAGUAGCAACUUUAUGCCAUUUGGGGGAGGACCACGACUUUGCGCCGGAUCAGAACUGGCCAAGUUAGAAAUGGCCGUUUUCAUCCACCACCUGGUCCUCAACUACCAGUGGGAGUUGGCCAAUUUGGACGACCAAGCUUUCGCAUUCCCAUUUGUCGACUUUCAGAAAGGACUACAAAUCAGAGCUCAACGCCAAACAAACUUCAUAUAAUCAAGUCAUCAAACACCUUGCAUGCAUUAUCUGAUUAUCCCCAUGGAAGCUAGCUUCAAAGAACCAACAAACCACUCAUCAUCAUCAUCCUCUAAUCUAAUAUGGGAUAAGCUUAGAUCCGACAGAGUACAAAGAAGUUGCUGUAGUACUGGAAGUUGGUUUUGACUUUUAAUAUGAAGUAGUACAUCUUCUUCCAGAGGAUGAGUACAUAUGCAAAAGGAAGAUAAAGACCUCGAGGUACUACUACAACUACAGGCCGGGAUGCUUAAGGAACACCUGUUCUUCUUCCAACCUCCACAACCGUGCUGCAUAUAUGCACCCACCAACCGAAAAAUUAUAGGAGAUCGAUAGAGGAAGUAUCUCAUGCUCCUCAUUGUAAAUUAAAUUCGAAUUGCCUCAUCGUCCCUUAGCUUUGGACUUGAGGGUAGUUAUUUACUUACAAGUGAUAUGGUUUUUUUUUUUUUUUUUUUUUGUU